AUGCCUCCAACCCUUCCUUUUAAGGCAAAGGUGGUAGUUUCUUGGGCAGGCGAAGAAGAGGGUGAUUUGGGUUUCUUAGAAAAUGAGGUAGUUGAAGUGUACCUGUUUGUUGAUGAUAGUUGGUGGAGUGGAAAAUUGCGUAGAAAUGGUGCCGAGGGUAUCUUUCCAAAGGAAUAUGUUAAGGUGAUGGAGUCUAAUAUGAGCAAUUCCACGUCGGAAACUUCAUUGGCUCAGAAACCUGAUUUACGGUCCAAAAGCCCUUACAAGCUGCUGUCGAGACUGGGAACAUACGAAAGCUAUGAUAAUAGUGCAGAACUCCCAAGCUGGGCUAGUCCUGGGAGAGCUUCGAGGAACAAGUAUGCAUCCAAAUCGAGAGGAGACACCUCAUAUUCGAGUCCGGCUAACAAUCGCCAUUCAAUGAUUUCCCUUGAUGAGUACCACCAGCGUCACGAAAGAAAUACCUAUAAUAGACGUGAUGGAAGAAACAUCCAAUCUCGUCAGUCUGGUGAUCGUAAAGAGCCUGCUACUCCACCGUAUAAUUCUCGUUCACCUUACAGGGUCGACUACAGUUCCAAUGGUUCAAGUCCCACCAAACUGGGCAGACGUGAUCGAGACCACUUCUCUGACUUACCAAAUUACAGGAAGAAAAACCAUACUGUGGAGUCUUUGUCUCCAGAACAUUCUCCAUCAGCUCGUCAUUACAAAACUGAACAAAUCGAUGAUCCCGAUCUCCUGGAUUUAAGCAUAAGACGACAACAACUCGAGCUAGAACUCGAGAGAUUGAAGCUCAUCGAAAAGUCUAAAAGACAAUCGAAAUCUCCAAAAUCUCCAUUCAAGUACAAGAACCACGAAGGCUCGUUCGACUCAAGUUAUGUGAGUGAAGAUGUUCUUUCUUCAAAGCGUAACAUUGUUUCCAGAGACAAUUUGAGCCACAAAUUCUCUAUGGAAGAAGAAGACAACGAUGGGUCUUGCGAUUCUAGUCAGGAGUCUCCACCUCCACCUCCAAAACAUUCAAUCUCGAGAACUAGUCCAGAGCAUUCACGCGUUUAUGAGUCCAACUUCGAAGAGUCCCCAGUACAGAAGCGGGUUCCGUUUGAUGCAGACGAUUUCAAAUUCUCGGGCAACGGCUCAGGAAAGAUAGUUUUGAGUGAUGAAGACUUGUUUAUAUUGUCGCAAAUGGAACUGGAAGAGUUGAAAAAUUCGAUCAAGUCUUUGCAGAGCGACGUCUUGAACCUUUCAGAACUCAGUGCCACAAGUGCUGGCUCCUUUGUGAGACACAAGUACGAAAAGGAGAGGCAGCUGGUGAUCGAAAAGAGCCCACUGCACAAUAGGCAACUUUCUUCGGAGAAUAGGGAAUUAAUGGAAUCGAUAUUUCAAGACAAGAAGUCUCGUCACCCCAAUAUCUUCAAAAAGUUAUUGCAAAAGAAAAAGGAUGACAUCAAUCCAUUGGAAGAGAAAUUUCUCAAAGAGGAACCAGUAGAUUGGGCUACCUUCAAAACAGAACUUAAUCGUGCAAAUUCAUUGACUUCGCAAGACAAGCAAGCUCGUACUAAGCGAGUUACUAGAGAAGAAAAUCACGUUAUCAUCAAGCCUUUGGACUACGUUUCUGACAUCAACAUUAAUGAGACCACUGACGAGAAAGAAGGCUCAAACAUAAAUUUUGAAGACAUGUCCUUCAGCAAGGUUGAAACUUUCAUGUCCCACUACGAUCAUACCAGUGAUCUCAAUGAGAUCAUUUCGGAUGUUAGUGUCAAGUUCAACAGCUCAAAGAUUAAUCAAAUCCGCUGCGUUUUACUUCAUCUUUGUCGAUUUAAAGUAUUUUCCGAGCCUAACAAAAUAUCCCAAGCAAAGCCUAAACUAGCAGAGGUUUUGCACAAAGGUGAAGCAUCCAUUUACCAAAUUAAUUACUUGUUCAAAAAAAUUUUGGAUGCAUUAAGAAUCCCAUCGGAGCUCGUUUUAGGAUUUUGGAAAAAGCCAAACGAGUUCUAUCAUGAUGAGCAAUUCAUUAUCAACCAUUCAUGGUUAUCGAUUUUAGUGGACAAUCAAUACUUGUUGAUGGAUAUACUUUGUUUCAAAAACGGCACAUAUUGCAACUUACAAAAUGCCCCAACAGGAUUCAAUGAAUACUACUUUUUGGCGAAACCACUUAAUUUAGUUUCCACUCACAUUCCUUCCAUAAUAGAGGCACAGCAUGUUAUCCCCCCAAUCGAUCACAGUGUUGCAUUUUAUCUCCCGAGAAUAUAUUCUGGCUUCUACAAAAACCAUAUCAAGUUCAGAAAUUUUAACAAUGCACUAACGAAAUUGAAAGACCUCGAGAUCAUGGAGCUUGAGCUUGAAAUUCCAUUGGACGUUGAGUUAUUCACCUUGGUGAAGACUUCCAAAAUCACGACUAAUGAACUAUGCUUGUGCCAAGUUUACUGGGUCAAUAAUUCUCGCUUUGCCAAAAUUAAAGCUGUUCUUCCACAUAAUGAGUCCGUGGGAGUGUUGCAAAUUUUCGCUGGUCCUAAAGGUUUGCAGAAGCAUUUCAACAAUGUGCAUGAGUUGGCAGUGGUCAUACCUUUAUGCCAUCUGGGUAUAUCCAAGCCGUGCAAGUUUGUCCCCAGGUACCCGACAGUUCAAAGCCAGAACAAUGAUUUGUACGUUAAGCUGCCGCAAACAGGACGAAUUUUUGCUAAAAACUCAUUUAAUUUCGAAGUGUUGCAACAUCCCUCUACAGGCGUCAAUAGUGGUACGGGACUCAUAAAUCAGUCAUUCCGAUUGGUGAUUGAGUCACCAUCGGGCAAGUAUUUCAAACUUGUCAAGACGAGUCCAAAUCUACCUUUCAGCUCCUACGAAGUCAACAUAAAGUGCCAGGAAAUAGGUAUCUACCGAGGACUAGUCAUUGGCGAUGCCGGCAAUAGUUGGUAUGUAUUUGCUCAGUGGGAAUCGGUGGCUGCGUCAGGAAACGAUUGA